AUGGAGAGCUCUUCGACUAGAAUCAAGCAAGUUUGGGAGUGGAAUUUCUACAAUGAAAUGUUAUGUAUUAAUGACAAACUUGAUACAUAUCAUACUAUAGCGUUUGACACCGAGUUCCCGGGAUUCUUGCAUCAGACCCCGAGGCACUCUUCUGAAGAGAAAGUAUACGAAGAUCUUAAGUACAAUGUUGACCAGACAAAAAUUGUACAACUGGGAUUAACAUUGUUUGACGAUGAAGGCAAUAUUGGUGGCACUUGGCAAAUAAAUUUUUAUAAUUUUGUAGUCAAUGAAAGAUGUCAAGGUCAAUCUUCAUUUCAGUCAUCACUGAACAAGGACAAUGUUGAGAAAAAUGGGAAUAAUAAUUUGAACAAAAAGAACAGAAGAAGAAGGGAUGCUGUUGACAUGCUACAUUUCUCUAUUGCGUUUAAUGAGAUAUUAUCGAAUCAUAAGAAUCUCAAAUGGGUCACAUUUCACGGCCUCUACGACUUUGCAUAUCUUUGGAGGCUUCUAAGUGGGCAGGACUUACCAAAUUCGACUUUGGAGUUCUCGGUCAUGCUUGGACGUGUUUUUGGAUCUGUGUACGAUGUCAAGUACAUGGCUAGAUUUUGUGAAGGGCUGAUGGAUGGUGAACUGGGAUUAGAAAAAUUAUCCAAGAUUUUGGAAGUUAAAAGAUUGGGUCGUGCUCAUCAAGCAGGCUCGGACAGUUUAUUGACGGCUAAUGUUUUCUUGAGAAUGAAGAUGGUGUACGGGUUUGAAGAAGAAUGCUUCAAGGGUUUUUUGUAUGGAAUUAGUACAAGAACAGAGACUUCUUGCCCCAUAUUGGUUCAAUUCGGUCUCCCUAUGAAUUACCAUAUCAUGCAACACCUUUGCGAUAUGAUAUCUUUGCCCACCUGUCUUCCAUCGCCAGAAAAUCUUAUCAUCGUGCAAGGCCACUACGAUAUAAUGUUGGUACCUGCCAUGUUUUGA